AUGGAAGGUCUGAUCAACCUCACACUCUACGUCGCAAACGAAACGUCUUCGGAUGUCGCGGAGGACGUCAACGACACUUCUUCUAAGGUACUCAGAUUCAAGGACUACCCGCACGAUGCCCUAAUAACCGGAUUCGCUUUCCUCGUCCUCAUGGUCGUCUUCGGCGUGCUCGCCAACACGAUAUCCAUCUUGGCACUCGUCAAGUCCUCCAAGCUCAACAACGCCACCACUGUCCUCAUCGUGAACCUGUGCUUCACUGACCUGAUGUUCAGUGCUACCAGUACACCGUUUGCUGUGACGAUCUAUUGGAACGCCGGAUGGGACUAUAGUCGCGGGCUGUGCGUGGCCUACGGCGUAAGCCGCUUUUUUUAUGUCGGCACGUCCAUCUUCACCGUGAUCUCGAUCGCGAUCAACCGGUACGUCAUCAUCGUGAAACCAAUGCUGUACAAGCGCGUCUUCACUCCUGGAAACAACCUCCUAGUUGUUGCCGGCACGUGGCUCAUCACUGUGGUCCUGAUGCUAGCGCCCACGGCCGGAGUAUGGGGGAAGUUUGCUUGGGACGAGGACAUAGGCAACUGCAGCGUUGUGCCACACAAUGGAAGGAGCAGCAAAGCGUUCCUGUUCAUGGUCGCCUAUUUCCUGCCGACCGUGUUCUUUGUCGUCUGCUACAGCAGGAUCUACUGGAUCGUUCGGAACACGCAGAAGAACCUUCGGCAGUACAGCACCAGCCACAAGUCAGCGGCGUUCGUGGUUAAUCUGCUGAAGCGCCUCGGGGUUCAGCAAGAGCAGGAUGAGCAGUCAGUGCCCGAAGAACGUAUCCAGAGGCAUCAAAAGAGGACAGACAAGGACCUCAGGCUCUUGAAGAUGGUCCUGGUAAUCUUUACGGUGUUUACCUGGUGCUACCUACCACUGCUGGUGAUUAACGCGUUCCGCUUGCUGGAUAACUACCCUGGAAUCAAGGUGGUGGCCUACCUCAACUUCUAUUUUUCCGGAUGCGUGAACCCGAUUAUCUACAUCUGCAUGAGCCGCGAGUACAGGCAGGCUUACCGCGAACUGUUCCAGAGGAAGAGCACGAUUCUUUCCGACAGCACGGGCAGCCACGAGACUCCCCUUUGA